AUGCAUCUUCUGUUCAUAUCUAUCUAUCUAUCUAUCUAUCUAUCUAUCUAUGAGAAUUAUCUAUCUACCCUAGUUUAUUCAGUUCUAUCUAUCUAUCUAUCUAUCUAUCUAUCUAUCUAUCUAUCUAUCUAUCCUAGUUUAUUCAGAUCUAUCUAUCUAUCUAUCUAUCUAUCUAUCUAUCUAUCUAUCUAUCUAUCUAUUCUAGUUUAUUCAGAUCUAUCUAUAUCUAUCUUAGUUUAUUCAGAUCUAUCUAUCUAUCUAUCUAUCUAUCUAUCUAUCCUAGUUUACUCAUAUCUAUCUAUCUAUCUAUCUAUCUAUCUAUCUAUCUAUGCUAGUUUAUUCAGAUCUAUCUAUCUAUUCUAUUUAUUCCAUUCAUCUAUCUAUCUAUCUAUCUAUAUCUAUCUAUCUAUUCUAGUUUAUUCAGAUCCAUCUAUCUAUCUAUCUAGUUUAUUCCUAUCUAUCUAUCUAUCUAUCUAUCUAUCUAUCUAUCUAUCUAUCUAUCUAUCUAUCCUAGUUUAUUCAGAUCUAUCUAUCUAUUAUAAUCUAUCUAUCUAUCUAUCUAUCUAUCUAUCUAUCUAUCUAUCUAUCUAUCUAUCUAUCUAUCCUAGUUUAUUCAGAUCUAUCUAUCUAUCUAUCUAUCUAUCUAUCUAUCUAUCUAUCUAUUCUAGUUUAUUCAGAUCUAUCUAUAUCUAUCUUAGUUUAUUCAGAUCUAUCUAUCUAUCUAUCUAUCUAUCUAUCUAUCUAUAUCUAUCUAUCCUAGUUUACUCAUAUCUAUCUAUCUAUCUAUCUAUCUAUCUAUCUAUCUAUCUAUCUAUGCUAUUUAUUCUGAUCUAUCUAUCUAUCUAUCUAUCUAUCUAUCUAUCUAUCUAUCUAUCUAUCUAUCUAUCUAUCCUAGUUUAUUAUCUAUCUAUCUAUCUAUCUAUCUAUCUAUCUAUUCAUCUAUCUAUCUAUCUAUCUAUUCUAGUUUAUUCAGAUCCAUUAUCUAUCUAUCCUAGUUUAUUCCUAUCUAUCUAUCUAUCUAUCUAUCUAUCUAUCUAUCUAUCUAUCCUAAUCUAUCUAUCUAUAUCUAUCUACCCUAGUUUAUUCAGAUCUAUCUAUCUAUCUAUUCUAGUUUAUUCAGAUCUAUCUAUCUAUAUCUAUCCUAGUUUAUUCAGAUCUAUCUAUCUAUCUAUCUAUCUAUCUAUCUUAGUUUAUUCUUAUCUAUCUAUCUAUCUAUCUAUCUAUCUAUCUAUCUAUCUAUCUAUCUAUCUAUCUAUCUAUCCUAAUCUAUCUAUCUAUCUAUCUAUCUAUCUAUCUAUCUAUCUAUCUAUCUAUCUAUCUGGUCUUUAUUCAAAUCUCUCUCUCUCUCCCUCUCUCCCACUCUCUCUCUGCCUCGUUUAUCCUCCUUGUUUCUCACUCUCAUGCCUUUUCAUUCACACUGUCUUUUUCAAAUGGCUUUAUUUUAAACAACAAAUAUUUCGUUCUUGUUCCAUUCCGUGUCUUUCUUCAUUUUAUUGCCUCUUUCUUUCUUUCUUUCUUUCUUUCUUUCUUUCUUUCUUUCUUUCACACUCACUCAUUCGUUACCUCUCUCUUUUUCUUUCCUUGUUAUUGUCUUUCUUUCCUUCACCCUCUUUUUCAUUCUUUCUCUCUUUGUCCUUUCACACUCUUUCAUUAGAUAUCCAUCUCUAUUUCUCUCUUUAUGACUCUCUUUCUUUCAGUGUUUGUUUCUUUGUUUGUUUCUUUCUUUCUUUUUCACUCUUUAUCCCUCUCUCCUUCUUUCUUUCUUUCUUUAUUUCUUUCUUUAUCCCUCUCGACUUCUCUCUUUGUUAUUCUCUUUCUUUCUUUCUUUCUUUCUUUCUUUCUUUCUUUCUUUCUUUCUUAUUUGUUAUCCCACUCUAUUUCUCUCUUUGUGAUUCUCUUUCUCUCAUUAAUCUUCUAUUUCUUUCUUUCUUUCUUUCUUUCUUUCUUUCUUUCUUUCUUUCUUUCUUUCUUUCUUUCUUUCUUUAUCCCUCUCUACUUCUUUCUUUGUUAUUUUCUUUCUUUCUUUCUUUCUUUCUUUCUUUCUUUCUUUCUUUCUUUCUUUCUUUCUUUCUUUCUACUUCUCUCUUUGUUAUUUUCUUUCUUUCUUUCUUUCUUUCUUUCUUUCUUUCUUUUUCUUUCUUUCUUUCUUAUUUGUUAUCCCUCUAUUUUCUCUUUGUGAUUCUCUUUCUCUCAUUAAUCUUCUAUUUCUUUCUUUCUUUCUUUCUUUCUUUCUUUCUUUCUUUCUUUCUUUUCUUUCUUUAUCCCUCUCUACUUCUUUCUUUGUUAUUUUCUUUCUUUCUUUCUUUUCCUUUCUUUCUUUCUUUCUUUAUCCCACUCUACUUCUUUCUUUUUCCUUCUCUCUGUUUCUCUCUCAUCCCUCUAGUUUUCUUUCCGUGUCUGUCUCUUUUUCUCGCCAAUUUCUGUUUAAGUCUUCCUUAA